AUGUUUUCCUUAUGCCGACGCUACAAAGAUGAUCACGAACAUGGCGCUACACAGAUCAAAGGCGGCUACAUGCUGCGAUACAAACGGAAAUAUUUAUGGAACUCCUGGUCAGAAGAAUGGGUGGUUCUGUAUGACGACUCAACUAUGGCAUGGUUCAAGGACGCAUCAGGAAAAUGCAUGGCGACUCAAAAGCACCUGGUAAAGGAGUGUCCGGAGAUGCUAGCCAUCUCGACGUGGACGGGUCAGGUGCCGCGCAGACCCACCUUGCCGCCAGGAGCAAAGCUAUCACAGCUGAUGGCACUUGGUUCUCGCCGCGACCCAGGACAUGUCGUCUGGAUGCUUGCAAAAUCUGAUGCGGAGAUGAAGGAUUGGAUGACAGCUAUUUCAAAAACGCUACCAGCCCCCCCUCACAUCGAGCUGGUAAUGGCCAUGCCGUACCUCCGCACAGCAUUCAAGAGACCAACUGUCAGAGUCAGACCUACAUCAUCAGAGAUGUACACGAGGAACGCUCGCAGUGCUGUGGGAGCUCUGGACGGGCGUGGGCUGGUGGCCGUCAUCAAGCGCCAGGUGCCUCUAGCUGGACAACUCGACCAUCAGCUCGCUUGGGGACAAGGCUGGGGAUGGGUUACCUUGCCUAAUGGAGUUUGGAGUGGACGCUUGACCUGGUCUCAAGAAGGCGAGGACUUUGCUCUCCACGCGAUGCCGAUCAUGCAUCACACCAACGUCUCCCAAGCCUGUUCCAUGCUGGAUGGAGUGACGGCAUACGAGGCGUCUGUCUAUGAGCAGGCCUUAGCAGAGUAUGAUGAUACUGGCACCUCCGAUGACUGGGACUUCGGAGUCGACUGUGGAGACUUCAUGAUGUAA